AUGGAUGUCGCGAUCUGUUCAGGAUGUCAUAAAAACAUAGAAGAGGAAGAAUGUGUCCAAGCUUGUGAUAAAGACUGGCAUAGUUCUUGCUUUAAAUGUUCGAUAUGUCAUCAGCAAGUCAAUGGAACAUUUUUUGAAAAAGAUGGUCUUGUAUUUUGUGAAAAAGAUUAUUGGAAUGAAUUUGGAGAACAAUGCCACAGUUGCCAACACAUUAUGUCUGGUCCUGUAAUGGUCGCUGGGGAUCACAAAUUUCAUCCUGAAUGCUUUAAAUGUGAUAAUUGCAAUAACUAUAUUGGUGAUGGAGAAUCAUUUGCAUUGGUGGAAAGAUCAAGGCUUUAUUGUGCAGCUUGCUAUAAAGAACAAAUGGCUCCUUUGUCCCAAAGAUUGCCUUUUACAAACGAACCUCAUAGUAUAAAACUUGUUGAAAUUCCUGCCCAUUCCGAAACUUCAAAUAAAAAAGUGAAAAUUUCAGUUGGUUGCUGUCAGAACCAAAAAAUAGAACGUGGGUUCCAUGAACUUCAUAUCUCAGAUGUUGUCCUUAAUAAAGAUUUGAUGUCACUGCAUAUAGGAGAUAGAAUUUUGGAAGUCAAUGGAACACCUUUGCAAAAUCAUUCCUUGGAAGAAAUCAAAAAAUUGAUACAUACCCGUGAUAAACCAGUUCAAUUAACAGUUGAGCAUGAGCCUGCAGUUUUAAUACGCUCACGUUCUAUGAAUUUUUCUUCCGAGGCUUCACAGUUCCUAACUAAGAGUGUCCCUAUGUGUUCCUUAUCUCACAAACCAACUGAACAAAAACUCCGUAGGUCAUCAUCUCUUCCACGCUCAGUUUUAAAGGAUUUUCAAGCAACUAAUUGUCAACAACAAGAUCUUACUCGCACUCGUUCUUUUAGGGUGCAACCAAGAAAUCAACAAAUAUUUCGUCCAUCUGAAUUAGUUUUGGGAAAACUCCUUGGUCGAGGGUUUUUUGGCCAAGCAUUUUUGGUUACUCAUAAACACACUGGUCAAGAAAUGGUCAUGAAAGAACUUUAUCGCUUGGAUGAGGAGGCUCAGAGAAAUUUUGUCAAAGAAAUAGCUGUUUUGCGUUCCCUUCAGCAUAAAAAUGUGUUGCGCUUUGUUGGAGUUGUAUAUAAAGACAAAAAGCUACAUUUAAUCACAGAAUACAUAUCAGGAGGAACUUUACAAGAUUAUAUUCAUAACCAUUCCAUAGAUAUAGCUUGGUUACAACGAAUAAAUUUUGCCAAAGAUAUUGCUUUUGGAAUGGCAUACUUACAUUCCAAAAAUAUUAUUCAUAGAGAUCUGAAUUCUAAUAACUGCUUAGUACGAAAAGAUAAAACAGUAGUAGUUGCUGACUUUGGAUUAGCUCGAGUUAUGUUAGAAAAGCAAGUGAAUAAAAGGCUUAGUGGUGGCUCCAAUACACGACGUCCUGAAAGAAGAAAACGGUAUACUGUUGUAGGAAAUCCCUAUUGGAUGGCUCCCGAAAUGAUGAAACAUAAGAAGUAUGAUGAACGUGUGGAUAUAUUUUCUUUUGGAAUAAUAUUAUGCGAGAUAAUUGGAAGAGUACCAGCUGAUCCUGAUUUUUUACCAAGAAGUUCUGAUUUUGGAUUAAAUGUGGCUGCUUUCAAAGAACAGUUUUGCCUUGGUUGUCCUGAACCUUUUGCUGAGAUAGCAUUUAAGUGCUGUGAUAUUUCUCCAGAUAAAAGACCUCUAUUCAACACGAUCAAAGGCUGGUUAGAGGGAAUGUCUAUUCAUUUAGGCAUUUCAAACCAGCUGCCUCAGGAACUUGUUGAUGCAAUUCUUAAUUUCAACUCCCAGUCUGGAGAUUUCCAAGAUGAUUCUAGUCAGGAGGUGUAUCAGUUGAAAUCUCCUUUUCCUCUCUUAAGAACAGUAAGUGAACAAGGAUCGUAUCGACUUUCUACCGAUUCAUCUUCUCCCACGAUAGAAAUAUGA